CUGUUGCCAUGGUUAUGAUUUGUUGAGCUGCUGUGGGCGCUGGCUCCCAGGAAGCCCAGAUCGCUUUGGUGAGUGAGAAGGGUGGCCAAUCUGCGCCUCUUCUAGGCAGCUCUGCUUGUACUGAGUGUCUCAAAGCAGUGCCUAGCGCUGAAUUAUGGAGGACAAUGAUGACAGUGAAGCAAAGCUCAGAGAAGAAAUAGAAGCUGAACUGGAUAAAAUCAGCAUUUCUUCCUUGGAGAAUGAUGAGGUUGAAAACGAUUCAGAAUCAGAAACUCAGAGUGACAAUAGUGAUACUGAUCUAAUUGAAUUGCCAGAGUCAGUUCUUCACUGUAUCAACGUCAUAAAGAACAAGAGUAAAACUGCUGAAGAACUCUUUCUUCAGGACUUAGAAGACACUGAUGUCUUCAGUUGUAGUUAUGGUACAGUUUCUAACAAUCAUAUGCAUUUGAGGACUGGAUCAGCAGCCGAAUCAAAAGCAAAUUCUGAGCAAUUAAUGAAGAUAUUAUCUGUAAUAGAAAAGGAAGAAUUUAUGAGAAGUCUAACUCAUUCUGCCAGAUCUGAUUCUGUUUCUGAGCCUGUUAUUUUUGACACACCCAUGGAGGAAUGUAUUUUAUCAGAUGAUGCGGAUUUGAGUUUUGGAUACUUUGAAGUAGAAGAACGAUGUAGAAAGUCUUUUGAAGCUUGGCAGGACAAGCAAAGAGAACUCGAAGAUAAAGAUAAAGAAACUCUGGAAGCUCAGAGUGAUCUAGAAAAACAGAAAUUUCAAGAAGAUGAUGAGAAGAGACAUUGCUGGAUAAAACAGUUUGAAGCUGAGAAGGAAAAAUUAGAAAAUCUUCAGAAGCAAGACCAGGACAAAAUGAAUGAUGAGCUUCAUAAAGAAGAGAAAAUAUGGAAAGAAAAAUAUAGAGAGCAUGAGGAACAUAUUAGAAACUUGCAUUUACAAAUGGAAGAGGAAAGAACAAGAUUAAGAGAGCUACAGGAGAAAGAAAAAACACGUUUGCUAAAUUUGCAGCAUAACGCAGCUGUCAAAAUUCAAGCUACAUAUAGAGGAUUUAUAACUUACAGAAAAUAUAGCCCAAUCAUAAGAGAGCAAAUAGAAAAUAAGAAAAGGAAAGCGCAAGAGCGGAAAGAGAAGGAAGCAAAGAUCCGACAAAAGGAGGAAGAACGAAGAAGAAGAAUUGAAGAGGAGCAGAAGAUUGAGGAGGAGAGAAAGAAGAAGAUGCUGGAGGAGAGGAGGAGGCGGGAAAGGGAAUACGAGGAGAAGAAGAGCAUCCUGAGACAAGAAAGAGAAGAACAACGAAACAGGGAAAAAAUGAGACCCAGGGAAGAUGCCCGCCAACCGCUGAUCAUCAGCUGCGCUUUAAGGAAGGGGGAAGGUCACGCCAAGCAGCCAGCUGUGGCAAACGUGUCGAAGAAUAAGGUUGCUAAAGCUGAAGAAUUAGAGGGCACCAAUUCAAAGAAGCAAGAAGCUGUUUGUCUAGUUCAGCAAUCAAACAAGAGAGAAAAUGUGCGUAAACAGCUUGCAUUGAUGGAACCAAUAGGAGUAAAAUUAAAACCAAGCCAGGCAAUGUUGGUGGAAUCAAAAAUGAAUGCAAAAAAUGAAAACUUACCAAAAUUAAAAAUGAAUGAAAAUGUACCAAAACUAAAAAUGAAUGAAAAAAGUGAGAAUUUACCAAGGAAACAAUAUUCAGAAAAAUUGGUUAACCAAGAAAUUAACUUGGAAAAUAUAGACCAAAAAUAUGAAUUGAAAAACUCAGACCUAAAGGAAAAUGUCAAUACACAGGGCCAGGGGCAAGAACGGAAGUACUACACUCAAAAAGAGGAAAAUGUGGAUCACGGCACAAAGGAGAAUGUGGGACAAGAAACCCAAAUAAUGUUUGGGUUUGCAGCAACAGAAUCAAUGGGAGUAGAAUUAAAAACAAAUCAGGCAAUUUUGACGGAAUUAAAAAUGAAUGAGAAAAAUGAAAACUUACCAAAAUUUAAAAUGAAUGAAAAAAGUGAGAACUUACCAAAGAAACAGUGUUUAGAAAAAUUGGUUAACCAAGAAAUUAACUUGGAAAAUAUAGACCAAAAAUAUGAAUUGAAAAACUCAGAUCUAAAGGAAAAUGUUGAUACACAGUGUCAGGGGCAAGAAAGAAAGACCCAAACUCAAAAAGAGGAAAAUGUAGAGCAAGCCACAAAGGAGAAUGUGGGACAAGAAACCCAAAUAAUGGUUGGGUUUGCAGGAACAGAAUCAACAGGAGUAGAAUUAAAACCAAGCCAGGUGAUUUUGGUGGAAUUAAAAAUGAAUGAAAAAAAUGAAAACUUACAAAAACUUAAAAUGAAUGGAAAUGCACCAAAAUUAAGAAUGGAUGAAAAAAGUAAGAACUUACCAAAGAAACAAUGUUCAGAAAAAUUGGUUCACCAAGAAAUUAAGUUAGAAAAUAUAGAACAAAAAUAUGAAUUGAAAAACUCAGACCUAAAGGAAAAUGUCAAUACACAGGGCCAGGGGCAAGAACGGAAGUCCCAAACUCAAAAGGAGGAAAAUGUAGAGCAAGCCAUAAAGGAGAAUGUAGGACACGAAACCCAAAUAACAUUUGGGUUUGCAGCAACAGAAUCAACAGGAGUAGAAUUAAAACCAGGCCAGACAAUUUUGGCAGAAUUAAAAAUGAAUGAGAAAAAUGAAAACUUACCAAAAUUUAAAAUGAAUGAAAAAGGUGAGAAUUUACCAAAGAAACAAUAUUCAGAAAAAUUGGUUACCCAAGAAAUUAACUUAGAAAAUAUAGACCAAAAAUAUGAAUUGAAAAACUUAGACCCAAAGGAAAAUGUCAAUACUCAGUGCCAGGGGCAAGAAAGAAAGACCCAAACUCAAGAGGAGGAAAAUGUAGAGCAAGCCACAAAGGAGAAUGUAGGACAAGAAACCCAAAUAAUGUUUGGACACAAACAAGAAAUGAGUGAAGAGGACAAAACUGGAGCACAGGAAAUCAUCAAUGUUGAUCAAGAGAGAUUGGCUGAAAAGGUAGAAAAGAGAGACCUAACAGAGCAAGAUAGAUCACUGUAUGAAGAGAAUUAUUCUUCAACUAUUUCCAUGCAAAAAGACCCACUGCCACUAACAUUUGAAAAUCCUGCACCUGUAGAAAGAAAUGUAAUGCUAGAAGACAAAGAGAUUGAUUUAAAAUCAAAAAGAAUUGAGGAAAUCCCAAAGGACAAUGUGCUGACCUGCGAUGCUGUGAUCAUGAACUCACGUGCCUUGGUGCAUACAGAAGGCAACACAAAUCAGCAGGGUUUUGUCUCAGGCAAACUGGCUCCCAGUGAAGAGGCUGGCAGUCACAGUGCUAAUAGCCCCUUGGUCACUGAAGAAGGGGACAGUCCUAAAUCAGAGAUUAAAGCCAUUCCAGAACAAUGGAAGCAAACUAAGGCUGAAAGGGACAGUGGCCUGGCCUGCUCUCUUUCACAGGUAACAGUUUUAUCUUCAGUUAAGGAAAGGAGACUGGCUUGGAUAAAGUCAUUUAAACCUUGGUCUGAAAUCUUUGAGCAAAAUCAACUCAAGGAAAUCAUUAAAAAAAAGAGACUUGUGAAGUGUCCAGCAAAUACAAUGCCUCCUUUGGAUACAUCAGCCAUUCUCCGGCACGGCCCUUGGAAUACUUUACAGCAGGUUACAGCCAUUACAUUUCAGGACUUGCCUGGCUGUAGUCUUUCUACACUAGCAGAGUGCACAAAUCUUCAGCUUCUGUCCCUCCGACGCUGUGGGUUAACUUCUUUGCAUGGCCUGAGCCACUGCAAAAAACUUAAAUACAUCGAUGCACAGGAAAACCACAUUGAGACUAUCAAUUGUGAAAAUUUGGAAAAUCUCUGUGUUGUUCUUCUUAAUAAAAACCUGCUGACUUCUAUUCAUGGCUUGGAUGGAUGCACUAAUAUCCAGAACCUUGAACUUUCACAUAACAAAAUCACUCGAAUAAGUGGUUUAGAAUCUUUGAAAUACCUUCAGCAACUAACUGUGGACCACAAUCAGUUAAUUAGCACUAAAGGUCUUUGUGAAGCACCCACCAUCAUAUACCUGGAUUGUUCACAUAAUCAUCUUACUGAUGUUGAUGGCAUUGGAAAUUGUGGAUUGCUCCAAAUAGUAAAGUUGCAGGGAAAUUACCUAAGAGAGCCUCCAUCUUUAAAGAACCAUGUUCUGCUUAGAGAACUGCAUCUGGAUGACAACAGCAUCUUGAACGUGGAAGGACUUUCUUCAUGUUGGCUGCCUUUAUUGCAAGAUCUGAGUAUCUCUCAAAACAGUUUAACAACAAUUGUACCACUUUUUCAUUUUGUGUCUUUGGAAAAACUAGAUGUCAGCAACAAUUGUCUUUCUGAUCUGACAAGUGUCAUGUGUUGGUUCAAUGCAUGCUACUCUCUCCGUGAGCUUUGUCUCACUGGAAACCCAGUACUUCAGGAAAUAAACUGGAGGCAUUCUAUACUUAAAAUAUUACCUGCUCUAAGAAUCCUCAAUGGUGACAUCUUAAAACCUCACUCUGAUGUCCAUAUUGAAGAACACUAUCACCAGGACCUAGAAGGGUUAUUGACACUUUGUCAGCAUCAACUUCAAGAGUUCAACUUAUUAACUGACAAGUAUAUCACACAGAAGGGGGACAUUCUCACUUUGCAUGCUGCAGACAAACUCUGUCACUACUAUGAGAACUUAAUGAAACUCAGUAAUGAGUGCAGACGUGCACAUGAACAUGGGGAUGUAAAUAUCAUCAAGAGGACUGAACCAGACACUGAGAAAAAACAUCCAGAAUUUUCAAACACCAAUAGCACACUCCAAAACAAGGACUUCCGCUCUUGGACUGACAGAUAUAAAGCAGAUUCACCAGAUACUUCUGAAAACCUGAUGGACUCUGCCUCCAGACUUUUCCCAUUAAACUGGGAGGCACCAGAAGAAAGAAGUCAGGAGAAAAACAUGACUCAAAAGAAUGAACAGGGUAGGAUAGGCAGUCCCUCCACUAGAAGAGCCUCAUUCCAAGAAAUGAAGAUAGCAGAUUCUCCAGUGAAUAGUCAUCAAAAUACUGAGCACAGUGAAACAAGUAAGGCAGCUGUGUUAAUCCAAGCCCAAUGGCGUAGUUAUGUUGCACGCAGACAGAUCAAUUUCUCUGCAGAAACACAUCCUACCACAACAGAGCCGCUGCAUAAUCCCUUCACUAAUAACCAGACUACAUCAAAUGAAGAAAGAAGAAAAAAUAUUAUGAAUAUCCAAGAACUGAGGGAGAAGGCUGCUCUUCAUAUUCAGGCAGUUUGGAAGGGCUUUAUUUUACGAAAGAAACUGGCCAUGGCCCUGGACGCUCUCAAGAAUGAAGAAUCUGGAGAAGAAUACGAAGAAAUAGAUUUAGAGGACUUUGAGUAUGAUGAGGAUGCCUUGGAGAAAGACUGGCCAGUUUUAGAUUCCACCGGCUUCCCUUCACAAACACUGCCUUCCUCCGACCAGCUGCCCUGGCCAAAGAAUAAGAACUCUCGGGCUUUGAAACAUGAUGAAACUUCACUUCCUGUACCAACUCGUCCAGCUCAGGCAUGGCUAUGGAAUGAGAAAGAAAAUUUGUUUUCAUCAGAACAGACACAGUUAAGUAGCAGAUCAGAAAACAGAACUUUAUCCCGGACACCUGAAUCAAACACCAGUAAGAAGAGUUUACUGCAAUCUGAAAAAGAAGAAAAAAUUUCAGAAGAAUGGGGCUUUAAGGAUAUAUCUACAGCUCAGCAAAUGCUAAAGAGAGCACAGAAAAUGAAGUCAAAAAAAUUAAGGAAAAAAUUAGACCCCUCUGUGCGACUAGCAUUAUUCAAAAAAAACAAUAAUGAAGUUUCUGUUACAAAGCCAUCGAAGAAGACACUGCUCAGGAGAGAUGAUUACUUUGAAGAUGAGGAGGAAGAUGCCCUCUCCAAGCCGACCACCAUGAAUGAAAAGUCAGAAAGGAGUCAUGAGUACACCUACCAGUGGCUUCAUACACAAGUUGGCAUUCCAGAAGCAACUAGUUCCAGAGCCCUGAAAUGCAAUCACUUCUUGCCUGAGUUAGAUCCAGAUGUACUUAAUGGUGGAAGAGUUCAACUUGUGGCAAGACUUGUAAGCAGAGAAGACACGGAUUUAGACCUUUUUUCCAUGACCAGUGGAAGUGCUUUGUCUGUGAACAGAGAAAAAAAAAGCCAGGCACGCAGAUACUCAUCGGGAUCCUCAAGUUGUUCAAGCACGAAAAUACUUACACCAAUGAUAACAAACACAAGACCUUCCAUUAAAGAGCGCAUAUCAUUCCGUGACAAUCCUGUUCGACUCAGCGGUGGAUGGGGAAGUGGUAAAAAGAAGGUGAAAAACCUCCACCUGAUCCUUCCAGCGUCCGCAUCCCAAACACAAGGCCCAUGACUUAUUUAAGUCUAUGGAUACCUGGUCCUGCUAUGAGUUGGAAACAAUGUUUUAGAAUGAUGUAUUUAAUGUUUCAUUAUGAUAUUUCAUAAACUUGUUUUCUGGGUCAGUUAUCUACUUCUCAUUCAUUGCUAGAGUUUGCGUUUCCUCUUGUGUUCUUAUGGAAUAGCCUCACCCAAAAAAAUUCUCGAGAUACUGCAGGGCAAUUUGUACAAACACUUUCUUGUUUGGUUUAUAUUCUAUGACACAUAUCCUCAAGAUUAUUCUUUUUACUAUUUUAAUAUAAUAUGUAAAGGAAUAUAAAUACAUUGAUGUUGAUUAGAGAAAUAUUAGUGAAUAAUUACUACAGUAUAAGUUUGAAUGUACCAAAUUGUAUUUCUUAGCUAUCUCAUAUGGCAAUUCAAAAUAGAUAGCAAAAAUCACCAUUUUUAUUUUUAUUUUGAAGCUUCUUAGAGAAGUAAAAUAUGUAUGUACUGUUUAAGUUAAAAUGAAAUACAAAUUUAAAUAAUUAUCAACCUGUUCAUUUGGAAGUUUAUGUGUAAUGUUUCAUUCAAGUGUAUUUUAUUCUUGUUUACGUCAAUGUGAAUUGUGUUCUUUAAGAUUAUUCAGUUCAUUCACAUAUACUCAGUCACUUUAAACAUUUUUAAAGUACCUUUAAAUUGCCAUUUUAAAGGUUGUUUUUUUUUCUGAGCUGAAAACCAUCAUUUUAAAAUUUUAGUGUAUUUUCUUAAAUCACAGAAAGGUCUCACUAAGGUCUUACUAGCAUAAGGAUAAUUUUCUCCUAUUAUCUUGGCAAAUACAGUAUGCAAAAUGUUGCAUUCGGCUCAGGGCUCAGAGGACCUAUUAAUCUGCAUCUGGAAUGCCUUUCACGAAGCUAAAGCCAGGGUUCUCCAGUGACUCUCCUUAGCGCACUCUGUGUAAUAGGAUCCAGUGAACUUCUGCUUUCCCUUUUGUUUUUUCCGGCUCUCUGGUGAAAAUCUUCAUCCCGCGAUGACUAACCAGAUUUCAAGAUGCAUUUGUUUAGUUUUUAUCCCCCGUGCACUUUUGGAGUCCUGUUGCAUUUCAAACCUGUAAAUCUCUUUUAACCUGAUUGGGAUAGAAAUGUUAAUGAGCCUUGGGCUGUCAAUCUAUAAAGAAAACAUGGAUUCGUUUGUUUCAGCCUAGAAACUGAGCUCCACAUGUCCUUGUUUUGUGAACACUGUUAGGUCAUCCCUUUGCUAACAACAUCCACAAAUCAGCAUAAUGUAAUGAUGGAAAAUAUUUUAUCUCAGCUUAUUUUCAACUCAGAGGGAAAAAAACCACAUUAAAGCUGACAUCGAUAGGGUUUUAUGGUUCAUAUACCUACCCAAUGAAGUGGAAAGGCUAGUAUGAGAAAUGAGACGUUUAUUAUUCAACUGUUUUAUAUGUAAGAGAAACUUCAUAGCUCUCUCCUUUUAUAAGCUUUUGUGAUUUUUCCCCAUAAUAUUGUGAAGAUGAUUGCUAUUGAUGUUCUUAAAUUUGUAGGUGAGAGUUGAUAAAUGUGAAUAAAACUUUUCCUGAAUUAUGGUGUUUAAAUCAGAAGUUCUUUAUAGUGUGAUUUAUUUGUGCCUACUCUGAAACUGAUUAUCCAAAGAAUCUUAUAUUUCAAACCUGUCGUUUUAUAGUUCUACUAGUAUAUUUGUGUUUAUGCAACUGAUAUUUUUACAGUUUAAUAAAACAUCCAAGUA